AUGGAUUUAUCGAAAAUAUCAGAAUUCCGCCAGAAGAAUGAGUUAAAUUUUAAUGUGGAGAGCAUACCAGAUGAAGAAAAGAGUACUAUAUUUUCCAAAUGCAUGAUCCUUUUGAAGAACCAAGAUGUCGAAAAUGUCGCAGAUGCUCUCACUUGCUUUCUCAUUCUUAGUCGUGAUCCUGAAUACCAUAAACAGCUUGCGGAAAACGACGUCCUCUCCAUUUUGAUUCGCGAGGCUGGUCUUUUACCAAAUUCACCCGAACGUCCCCACGAUAGCAUUGUUAUUGCCUUGAAAUGUCUUUCCAACGUUCUCUUUAAAAAUGCAUCCGCUAUUCAGUGCCUCAGACUAAAUCACUGUCUUGACACCUUGCUUGAACGUUGUGAAUCACAAGUCAAAUCCCCAACAGAUCUUAGAAUUUUACAAUUUGAUAUCAAGCUUCUCUUUCUGUGCUCAGCCCUAGAAUCAGCUUCUCGGCUGGAAAUUCUCACCUCCCAUUUUGAGUCAGAAUUCUUUACUGAUUUCCUGCAAUGGUCUCUUAAAGCCGACUACACCGCUCAGCCGCAAAUUUUCAAUAUUACAAUCGACAUGCUUAAAUUUAUUUUUAAUUUAUGCUAUGCUAAAAGAGAACGAGAUUAUGAUCAAAAUCUUUAUGAGCCUACAUUCCGUAUUCUUACCACCAAUAUUCGGGACAUGAUUGUGAAACCUGUUACACCUAUGGAUCGCAAAAUGGAAUUGGUUAGUCACUUGGUGAAUUUUUUGACUUCGGUGCCAUUAUCUUGCUUCACGGAGCUGCUCUUCCCCCCAUCGAAUUUGGAUGAAUCGUUAGCGAAAGUCGAUCUACAUAGUGAUUCAAAUGUUACAUUGGCUUUGGCCGUUCUUGUGGAUUUUCUUGAAUAUCAAUUGGAUCAGAACGAUAUGGCACCUGCUCGAGCCCCCCAACUUCUCUCGCCAAUUCUAACAGUGAUUGCAACUGCGUCGAAAGCCAAUCGGACUAUUCGCAAGUACUUUCGUAUGAUAAUUCUGCCCCCUCUCGGGUCGGAUGUCAAACGCUUGCCGGAAUCUGGAUCCACUCUCCGAAAUAGACUCUGCAAUAGACUAACAGCGAAACUUCACAACGACGAUGGAACUGCUGAAGCCACUGCUCUGCUGAUAUUCAUUCUCUGCAAGGAAAAAGUGGAUAGAGCAGUGAAGUACUCUGGUUUCGGAAACUUUGUCGGAUUUCUUUCACGCCACGGUCUACUUGCAAGAUCUUCUGGAAGUAGCGAUGGAGACGAUGGUACCUAUUCACCUGAAUCCUCAGAUUCUGAGACAGAGGAAUAUCGAGUUCUGAAGGAUCAAGUGAAUCCAGUAACUGGACGCGUGGAACCACCACGUCAAGACCCUAUGGAAGGUCUCAGUGAAGAACAGAAGGAAUACGAGGCAAUACAACUUGUGAACAAGAUUGACAAGUUGCAGAGGUGA